ACGCGGCAAUGGCGGCGCCCGGCAGCGCACGCGGCGGGCGGUAGCGGCAGCGGCCGGGCCUGGGCAGAGCCUGCGGUCCCGCUCCAGUCCCCUUUGUCCCGCUCCAGUCCCCUCUGUCCCGCUCCAGUCCCCUCUGUCCCUCUGCGGUCCCCUCUGUCCCGGGGCUCCGGAGCGCGGUAAAAAAUGAAGGUCAGAAAAGGAGGGAGAUUUAGGUCUUCCUUUAAAUUGAAACAAAAAGGCAUUGAAGUUGUAGGAGAAUGGAAAACCGUGCAGAUCGACCCCAAUCUAUUUGCUGAGGAGGAGUUUCGAGAUAUAGUGUGCUUGGAGGAACUUACAGAGUACAAGCUAGUAAGUUCUUCCAAAGUGGGGAAAGUAAAAGAGAAGAAGAGAAGGGCUGAGAGUGCUUCAGAAGAAGGCAAUGAGGAGGGGGAAGAACCUGUCAUCCCUCCAAAAAAGAAAAAGAAAAACAAAGAUUUGAGAAGCCAAACAGAUAAAGGCAAUACUCCUAAUGCAGUAGAAAUUGAUGUGCUGGUUGAUAAAGAGACAAAGUGUAAUGAAAUAAUUGAAGAAGCAAAUCGGGAAGACCACAGACAUGUGACUGAGAGCAUGUCAAGCAGAAAAGACACUCCAAAGAAAAAGAAAAAGAAGGUGUCUAAAAACAAGGCUUCUCAAGCACAGGAAGCCUUUCCAUCAGUAUCUGGUUCUAAAAAAGUCAAAAAUUGGACAACAGAAGUUUUAUCUGCCUCAACUGAUCAAAAAGCUGAUGUGUCUGCAUGGAAAGACCUGUUUGUACCUGAGCCAGUGCUGCAGGCCUUGAGCUACCUGGGGUUUAGUGCUCCAACUCCUAUUCAAGCCUUAGCCUUGCCUUCUGCCAUUCGGGAUAAUAUGGAUGUUCUUGGUGCUGCAGAAACAGGAAGUGGCAAAACGCUUGCAUUUGCAAUUCCAAUGAUUCACUCUGUGCUGCAGUGGCAAAAAUCAAAUAACUCAACAACCAGAAAUGACAGUGUUUCUAAAGAGUCCCAUCAGCAUCAUGAUGAAACAAGAUGGGAAAAUGAGGAUGAAGCAGAAAAAGUAACCCAUCAGCAGGUUGAAGAUAGCGGAGAUGAAGAUGAUGCAUCUUUCACAACAGGCUGUGUGAAGGUGCUGGAAAAUGUUGAAUUUGAUUCCGAUGACGAGACACAUACUGUUGACUCCCAUAAAAAGAGACCUCUUUUAGGACUGGUCCUUACUCCUACAAGAGAAUUAGCUGUACAAGUAAAGCACCACAUUGAUGCAGUUGCAAAGUUUACAGGCAUUAAGACUGCAAUUCUAGUAGGAGGCAUGGCUGCACAGAAGCAAGAACGUGUACUGAAUCGAAAGCCAGAAAUUGUAAUUGCAACCCCAGGCCGUCUGUGGGAGUUAGUUAAAGAGAGACACCCACAUCUUUCAAAUCUUCGUCAGCUCAGGUGCCUUGUGAUUGAUGAAGCAGACCGAAUGGUUGAGAAAGGUCACUUCUUAGAGCUGUCUCAGUUGCUGGAAAUCUUAAAUGAUUCACAGUAUAACCCUCGACGGCAGACUUUUGUUUUUUCUGCCACUUUGACUUUAGUCCAUCAGACUCCCACAAGAGUUUUACAAAAAAAGAAUGCUAAAAAGAUGGACAAGAAGACCAAACUAGAAUUGUUAAUGGAAAAAGUAGGAAUAAGGGGCAAACCCAAAGUAAUAGACUUAACAAGGAAAGAGGCUACUGUUGAGACUCUGACAGAAACCAGAAUCCACUGUAACACAAAUGAGAAGGACUAUUAUCUCUAUUACUUUCUUCUCCAGUAUCCAGGAAGAACCAUGGUCUUUGCAAACAGCAUAGACUGUGUAAAACGUCUCAGUUCUCUCCUCACAAUCUUAAAUUGUGAUCCUCUUCCUUUGCACGCCAACAUGCACCAAAAGCAAAGGCUGAAAAACCUGGAAAGGUUUGCUGAGCGAGAGAGCUGUGUCCUCCUGACAACAGAUGUUGCAGCUCGUGGUCUUGAUAUUCCUAAUGUCCAGCAUGUCAUCCACUACCAGGUGCCUCGUACUUCUGAGCUGUACGUGCACAGAAGUGGCCGAACAGCCCGAGCUGCCAGUGAAGGCCUCAGCCUGCUGCUGAUUGGCCCUGAGGACUUGAUCAAUUUUCGGAAAAUCUAUAAAACAUUGGAGAAGAGUGAAGAGCUGCCAUUUUUCCCGGUUGAUACCAAGUGCAUGACUUCUAUCAAGGAACGGAUGAAUUUGGCAAGGCAGAUUGAGAAGGCAGAAUUUUUCAACAGUCGGGCAAAGCAACACAACUCCUGGCUCCAGCAAGCUGCAGAGGCUCUUGAGAUUGAUCUUGAUGAUGACAUGUUGAUGGGAAGAAAAGCUAGCGAGCAAGAAGAAAGCCAGAAGCAAAAGAUGCUGAAGGGGAUGAAAAAACAACUGAAACAUAUGUUGUCCCAGCCACUGUUUAAAGUCCUUAUGAAAACCAAGUACCCAACGCAGUCUGGAAAACUACUCCUGCCUCAGACAUCAGUGGGCAUUUCAGCUCUAGGUGCCGUGUCCAGAAAGCAAGCCAAGAAGAAGAAAUCAAUAAAAUAAAAUUAGAUAACAGCAAGAUCAUUCAGUGUGACAGAAGCAAGGACUAUCCUCAUCAAGGCUGUCAGUGCUUAUGGAAGAACCCAGCUAGAAGACAGAUUGUAUAAGGAUGUUGCCUGUGUAUUUGUUGUGCAGGCACAAAACAAAAUGUUGAUUUAAAGGGCUCAGAUAACAUCUGGUUAGUUACCGUUGAAUCUUGUCUUGGAUCUUGUUUUUUUUUUAUGUUCUUACUUUUUUCUUAAGUCUCUGUAUUAAUAGAAGUUAAUUAGUUUUCUCAUCGUUCUGAUAAUUACUCCAUUUUGUGAGAUGGGUAAAAGUUACUGGGUAGAAUUCACUGUGGGCAUACUCUAAGGAUAAAACUUGAUUUCAGUUUUAAUGUCUUUGAAGGACGGGAAGGUCAGCUAUAUACAGUGCGAGUACAAUCUGAGCUGGUGGUAGUGGGAGGUUUGGCUUUUGCUGCCUCCAGCUCAGUGUGAAAGGCAGAAAAUACAGAUAAUGUUACCAGUAAGUCUACAGUUCUGGUUAUGGAAAUGUCCCAAUUUUCUUUCUCCUCUGAUAACAUUUCUCUGUUCUGUUCUCCACCAGGUUUAAUUCCCUUAGUCCUGUGUUAAUACAUUUUAAAUGUGCAAAAAAAGUUAAGGUGGCAAUGGGCCAGGACUGACAUUGGAGAUGUGUAGAUUUCUGAGGAAUAAGUGGUGUUACUCAGUGUUUUCUUAAUUAAUAUUUGUAGUUAAGCUUGUAUUUGAAAACAUGUUAGAACCAUGAUCUUUGCUGUAAUGGAAGAGAUGAUGUUUUGAAAUGUCACUUUUGAAGAUUGCUUCAUGAUAAUUAUGCUUUUAAAUAAUUUUAACCUGGUCUGGGCAAAUAUUUUUUAAAACUAUUUUUAAUAAUACAUCAGAAAUAUAUUUUGAAUUUUUGUUAAAUUAUAUCUGCCAUAAACUCCAAAGCCUGUGUCUGUUUUCAGUUACUUGAGAUUUCUAAGUCCCUCAUAGCUGAUGUUGUUUGCACAUAGCAGGCAAGGAGAGGGGAAAAGCACCCAAAAGAUAAGACAGUGGAAUCUGUUUUGGUGGGAGGACAGGUAACCUUCACCUGCCAGCUCUGGAUGAGGCUUAGUUUCUGUGUCUCAUACAGUAUGGAAUGAAUGAACCAGGGUCACUGCCAUGAUAGGAAGCACCAAUUUACUCAGCUACUCAGGGAAAUUUGUCUGUGGAGUUGAGUGCCCCCUCUAACCACUUGCUAGUUAUGUGAGAAUAACAAACUCUUUAUCCCUUCAUCUGUGUAAAUAGUUGAAGCCCCUCAUCUCUGGAGGACUUUUCUCUUGUUUUCAUGCAUUACUGAAGAAGAGCUGUGACAAUUGUAAUCAUAAGCCUACAGAGCUUAUCAAUUAUGUAUGAGACUUUCCUUGCAA